AUGGGACUCCUCUUCAUGGCUGUCAAACGUAAAGCAGGACCAACGGCUAGCACUACUAGUGUCGGCAGUGUCGGCAGCUUAGAACAUCCAGCACUUUCACUUUCCAAUAUCUUCAACAACGAAGAGAUAACUCAACUCCAGAAACUCCACCCCAUUCAUUUACCCAACACAUCAGACACAAGCAUCAACCGUAAUGGAACAGACUAUGUUUAUGUGAUCAACUGGCUCUAUCAAUGUCGUGGGUUUGUCAAGCUUCAAUCGGAAUAUUUUGAUGUCGAUCUCUUUGAAAUGGAACUAUUAGACUCGUCACAUUCUUCAGAUAUAAAUGUCUUUAGCAACAGGUUACGACUGAAUCUUAUCAGUACGCUUCAGAGUUCCAAGUUGAGUUCGUUGGCCAACUUUGAGGCCAUUUUCCGUUUAUGGUUUGGCAUCGACACCCCAUUGGGUGGAAUUGACGAGGAGGAUGAAAACGACAUUAACGGUGGUGAUGUCAAUGUCGUCAAAGUCGACACCGGUACCGGCCCUUUACCAACCUUCAACAGCUUAAACAUCAACGACAAGUUCACCAUUUUGGCCAUAAUAAUGCGAUAUAUCUCUGAUUAUCUGGCGUUUAGAACAUUCAUUGAUAAAUCGGGAUUAAGUGUUGAACAGUUACGAAUCACUCCCUUCUUCAUUCACACCAGUGCCCCCGGGACCGUGGAAGAGUACUAUCAUUUGUUUGAUAAUACCCGUCUCUAUAAACGUACCAUCAAGCAUUCCCCCGUCACUAUCCCCCGGAAAAGAUCGGAAACAAAGGGUUCAUCUACCUACAAUUUUGAUGUCGUUUCCAUUGCGUUUGAACUGUUCUACAACGACAUUUAUGAGUUCAAUGAGUACUACAAGAAUAAUGUCGUUAAAUCCAAGACUAAAUUAGCUCGAGCCAUCGGGUCCCAACUCAAAAGUCACUUGGACCAAAUGUUCCAACUGGAAUUGAAAAAGAGGAAAGUAUUGGCAGCCAGAAGGAAGGAACUUCAAAUGGCGACAUUAUUGGCUACCCGGAAACGGUCUUCACGGUUGGAAGCCAAGGAAAUGAAACGUCAAGAAGAAGAAGACGAACGAUUGAAAUUGCAGGAAGAAGAACUUAAAAUCGCCGGGCUUCGGAGAUUGGAGAAACGGAGAUUGUUACAGGAGAAGUUGGAACAGGAGAAGGUCCAGAACUCAAGAGAACAUAGAUUGAAGUUACGUCAAGCUCAAAGUACUCAACAAACUCCUGAGCCGGAAGUUGGACCGGAGGUUGAACCGGAAGUUGAGCCGGAAGCAGAACCAAAAGUUGAAAUUGCAGCUGAACCGGUUGAGAGCAAUGACAGUACUGCUACCGAACUGCAUCCCAUCGAACCACAAUCACAUGUGAUUCAUUCUGGCUACCCAUUAAUGUCUAAUGGGGAAAUGUCGUAUCAUUCGUAA